AUGAUUGCAUCAAAGGAUUUGCGUUACUGGCGCUUCAUCGUCAUUUUGAUUUGCGCAUUGGGGUUCUUCUAUGUAGGAACUCGGUCUAAGUUUGCUCAAUCGACCUUUUUCAACCAGGGCCAGUCGGAAUGGCACUCAGUUCAUGGAAAUAGACCAGGAUCGAGCGGGACGACCCCCAGCGGUUUGGGCAAGCCUCCACCUCUCAUUGGAAAGGCGCCUGGCCCUCGAGCCAAUGCCACCUUUGUCACCCUCGCUAGAAAUAGCGAUGUUUGGGAGCUCGCCCGCUCUAUCCGAAUGGUUGAGGACCGUUUUAACCGACGAUACAACUACGACUGGGUCUUCCUUAACGAUAAGCCUUUCGAUAACACGUUUAAGAAGGUCACCUCGGCCCUAGUUUCGGGGAAAACCUCUUACGGUCUCAUCCCAGUUGAACAUUGGUCCUUCCCUUCUUGGAUAGACCAGGAUAAGGCGGCCAAAACACGCGAGGAUUUUGCCCGACGAGAGAUCAUCUACGGUGGCUCUGCUCCCUACAGGCACAUGUGCCGGUUUCAGUCAGGCUUCUUCUACCGACAGGAACUGCUCAACCAAUACAAGUACUAUUGGCGGGUGGAGCCAUCAAUUGAUAUCUACUGCGACAUCUCCGAGGACCCGUUUCGUCUGAUGGAGGAGAACAACAAACAGUACGGCUUUGUUAUUAGCCUGUACGAGUAUAGGGAAACCAUCGAAACACUCUGGAAAACCGUCAAGAAGUUCAUAUCGAACCACCCGGAGCAUAUUGCGAAAGACAACUUGAUGGAUUUUGUGAGCGACGAUGGAGGCGAGAACUACAACCUUUGUCAUUUCUGGUCGAACUUUGAAAUCGCCAGCCUCGAUUUCCUUCGAAGUCAAGCCUACACAGAUUACUUCGAGACCCUCGACAAGGAGGGGGGCUUUUUCUAUGAGAGAUGGGGAGAUGCGCCAGUGCACUCCAUCGCUGCCGCUCUAUUGUUGAACAAGACCGAUCUCCAUUUCUUCGAAAAUAUCGGUUAUCGGCACAACCCAUUUGUACACUGCCCAAUGUCGGAACAGCACCGUGUUGAUCAUGGUUGCACCUGCAACCCUGCGGAAAAUUUUGACUGGAAGGGUUACUCCUGUACAUCGAGGUAUUUUGAUAGGCAAAACAUGGUAAAGCCAGAUGGAUAUGAGCUGCAAAUGUAG